AGUUGAAGCCUCACUUUUCCCAAUAUUCUCGCUUCUUUUCUUUUCUUUUUCUUCUUUUCAUUUUUCAAUUCUCAAGCAAAGCAACAACUUCACUCGAUCACAGUUUCCUCAGCAACAACCAAGCAAACGCCAUUAACACAUCUUCACUCCUCAGUCAGCUAACAGCAAUGGCUGCAUCCGCCACCUCCACCGGCGGUGCGCUGCCGGAGCUAACUAACCGAACUCCCUUACUCGGCCUCAAACUCUACGUCCUACUCCUCAUUGUAGCUCUAAUCGUGAUCGCAACGGUGGUCCUGAUCCUCGUGUUCGUUCGCCGGAGCCGGAGCUCGAAGAAGCGGAAAAUGCGAGUGAAGCACAGCUCCGGCGCGAUCCCACUGGUCUCGAAGGAGAUCGUGGAGGUGAAUACUCUGGAGCUGAAAAUCGAUCCGAAGAAGAAGGAGGUGGAGAUGGAAGAGAGUGCGUCGGUGGAGUCGCCGAACAUAGGGUGGGGACGUUGGUAUAGCCUCAAGGAGCUUGAGAAUGCCACUGAAGGCUUUGCGGAACAGAAUGUGAUCGGAGAAGGAGGCUAUGGGAUUGUCUACAAAGGAAUUCUCAUGGAUGGCUCUGUCGUGGCUGUCAAAAAUCUUCUCAACAACAAGGGUCAGGCAGAGAAAGAGUUUAAGGUGGAGGUUGAAGCCAUUGGAAAAGUGAAACAUAAGAAUUUGGUGGGGUUAGUUGGAUAUUGCGCAGAAGGUGCUCAAAGGAUGCUUGUUUAUGAAUAUGUUGACAAUGGAACAUUGGAACAGUGGCUGCAUGGUGAUGUAGGACCUGCUAGCCCCUUGACAUGGGAUAUAAGAAUGAAGAUUGCUGUUGGGACUGCAAAAGGGCUAGCCUACUUGCACGAAGGAUUAGAACCCAAAGUUGUCCACCGAGAUGUAAAAUCCAGUAACAUUCUUUUGGACAAAAAGUGGAAUGCUAAAGUAUCAGACUUUGGACUGGCCAAGCUCUUAGGGUCUGAGAAAAGCUAUGUGACAACGCGCGUAAUGGGGACAUUCGGAUAUGUUUCACCUGAGUAUGCAAGCACUGGUAUGCUUAAUGAGGGAAGCGAUGUGUAUAGUUUUGGGAUUCUACUGAUGGAGUUAAUUACAGGAAGGAGUCCCAUUGAUUAUUCUAGACCACCUGGAGAGAUGAACUUGGUUGAUUGGUUUAAGGGAAUGGUUGCAAGUCGACAUGGCGAUGAGCUAGUUGAUCCAUUAAUUGAUAUUCAGCCCUCUCCAAGAUCUUUGAAGCGAGCUUUACUGGUUUGUCUGCGCUGUAUAGACUUGGAUGUCAGUAAGCGACCAAAGAUGGGUCAAAUUGUUCAUAUGCUUGAGGCUGAUGAUUUCCCCUUCCGUUCUGAACUUCGAACAAAUAGAGAGAAAGAUCCUGCUGCUUCCAGUAAGAUUCCAUAUCCAACCAGGCAUGUGGAGCCCGCAGAUAAAUCAAGCUGGAGAUGAUUGUCUGUUGUGCUGCUCAUGGCAACCUGGAGAUCAAACUAUUUGUUCCAACGAUUUUCAAUUUAUUAUGAAAAAGUCAGAAGAGCCGUUGUGCAUAAAUAGUGUAGUUUCUUCUCUGUAGGUCCGUUUGAAUAUAUAUUUUGCUGUAUUGUAUGGCAUUGUCUUGUCAAGAAAUGAACCUUGUAAAUAUGAAUUUCCCACAACAUAUAAAUUUUAUCAGUCUACAUGAGAUAAAUAUGCUGAUAUUUAUUUAGGGAAUUUUUCGUCUGUACUUCA